AAGCAGAGCACAACAUAAGAAUCACUAAACAAUGUCCGACUUUCCACCUAAUGUAUCCAUCAGACCAUUAACGAUUGAAGAUAUCGAUCAAUGUAUUGCUCUAGAAGCCAAAGGAUUUAGUGAAGCAGAAAGAUGUACACCAGAUAAAUUUAAAUACCGAUUAACUACAUGUCCAGAGUUAUGUUCGGGGUUGUUUGUUAGAGAGUAUUCAUAUAAAUAUAAUGCUAUCAAUUUGCCAGAAGUAGCCGAAAGAAUAGAAGCUGAACACAAGGAUUCUAAGAGUGAUAAUGAACAAGAAGAUGAAGAUUUACCAGUGAAAUCCUCCGUUACAAAAGAGACUUUGAUUGGUCACAUAAUUGCCACCAAGAUCCAUUCUAGUCAUAUAACAGAAGCCUCAAUGGAAUUACCUUCAGAAAAUGACCCGACUGCUGGUCAUAUUGAACAUUCUCGUUUUGUCGGGAUACACGGUUUAGUUGUUGACCCAGAAUGGCAGGGUAAGAACUUGGGAACUUUAUUAAUGCAUGAUUAUAUUCAAAAAUUAUCUAAUCAAGAUUUAGGCUCCAAAGUUGUUAUCAUUUGUCAUAAAGAUUUAAUACCAUUUUACGAAAAAAUCGGCUUUAAUAAUAAUGGGGUAAGUGAAUGUAAAUUUGCCAAUCAAACCUGGUACGAUUUAUCAAUUGAUUUGAUUCCAGAAGAAGAAGAUUAGCUGC